AUGAGCAUCAUGAACAGCUUCGUCAACGAUAUUUUCGAACGUAUCGCUGCGGAAGCUUCCAGAUUGGCACAUUACAACAACGUGCCACGAUAA